UUCCGUCUUUUGGCCCAUUCAUCACAUGCAAACGAGUACCGCACCAACCGCGUGCUCAAGUGGCAAUCCUCUCUGUUUGACCAGAGACGUACGAGUGAGCCACACUAGCAGAUAUUAUCAAGAGCUCUGAUGGUUCGCGCUCUGUAGAUAUCCAAUUCUUCUCGAAGGUGCAGCUUGAUCUAUGCGCAGCAGGCCGGCUUUUAGCAAGAGCUGGGUGGUUCUUGCUGGAUCUGGUUCUGGAUUUGUGGGGGUUAUCCGAUUUGUUGCUGGGUUGCAGCUUGAUCUAUGAGCCGCAGGGGCUAUUAGCAAGAGCUGGGUGGUUCUUGCUGGAUCUGGUUCUGGAUUUGUGGGGGUUAUCCGAUUUGUUGCUGGGUUGCAGCUGGAUCUCAGGGCUGGGCUGAGGCAGCGCCGUUAAGCCGGUUGAUCCUCGUGUACUCAGGUCUCAGGGAUUAAUGGAGCAGAAAGUAGAGAUUCCAGAAAGUAAGCUUAAAGACUACAUCCAAGAUACGGACAAGACAAAGUGGAGGUUGAAGAACAAUCAUAAUAUCAAAUAUUUUUCAGAAGAUGAGAUUAAGAGAAUAACCAGCAACUAUAGCACCAAGCUCGGAAAUGGUGCCUUUGGAGAGGUUUACAAAGGAGUCCUUGACGACGACCAAUGGGUUGCAGUGAAGAAAUAUAUCCGCUUGGAUUCACAAGAAGAGUUUGCUAAAGAGGUAAUCAUUCACAGUCAAAUCAAUCAUAAGAAUGUAAUCAGGCUCGUUGGCUGUUGCAUUGACGAGAAUGCUCAGACGAUGGUCUUGGAGCACGCCAGCAAUGGAAACCUCAGUGACCGUCUUCACUGCCAUGAUAAUCCUAUCUCUUUGGCCACAAGAUUGAACAUUGCUAUAGAAUGUGCGGAAGCCCUGGGCUGCAUGCAUUCCAUGUAUAACCCUGUCAUCCAUCUUGAUAUCAAGCCCUCUAAUAUUCUUCUGGGUGAUGAUUUCCAUGCAAAGAUAUCAGAUUUUGGAAUAUCAAGGUUAAGAGACAACAUUGAAAGUGCCAUAAAUGUGAUAGGGUGUAUUGGGUACAUGGAUCCAGCUUUUAGACAGGAGGGGUGUCUCAUCACCGUGAAGAGUGACGUCUACAGCUUCGGGGUUGUUCUAGUGGAAUUAAUUACCAAAACAAAACCAACAGACGAGACAAAAAGAGUCAUUCAGAGAUUUGGUAAAGCGUUUACGAAAGGGAGGCCUGUAAGAGACUUGUUCGAUGCAGACAUUGCAAAUAAGAGCAACACCAAGGUUCUUGAGGCCAUUGGAGCAAUUGCAAACAAGUGCUUGAACGAGGAGUAUGAUGCACGUCCUGAAAUGAACGACGUCGCUGGACGCCUCCGGGAUCUCAGAGCUGUUCUAGAAAGCGGGCAAGGAAAAUCACAAACAGGUUGGCGAUUCUUUAACGGUGGUCAGAAUGAACUGAAAACAGAAAAGCCUGGCGUAGCCUGGAGUAGCAUUUUCAGUAGGAAUACAACCAUCUUUAAAAAGGGUUACCCUGCCCCUGCCGGCAUCCCGCGAUACUCGUACGGAGAUUUGAAGAUGAUGACCAAGAACUUCAUAGAUGUGCUGGGCCGCGGCGCGUACUGCACAGUGUACCGCGGGCACUUGCCUGACGGUCGUGCUGUGGCAGUGAAGCAGCUGUACGGGGUGGGCGGCAGCGAGGUGGAGUUCUGGUCGGAGGUGACCAUCAUGGCGCGGAUGAAUCACCGGAAUAUAGUAAGCAUAUGGGGAUGGUGUGCGGAUAAGGGACAGCGCAUGCUCAUCCUAGAGUUCAUCUCCAAUGGCUCCCUCGACAAGCACGUCUUGCCGGCGUCCACGCAGGAGGACGACGGCCCGGGUCAACGGCAGCACCUGGACCUGAACACGCGCCAUCAGAUUGCACUGGGGGUGGCGCAUGCCAUGGCGUACAUGCACGAGGAGUGCUCCGACGGUGUGCUGCACUGUGAUAUCAAGCCACAUAAUAUCCUUCUUGACGACAACUUCUGCCCCAAGCUGACUGACUUCGGGCUGUCCACCUGGCUCAGUAAGACGAUGUCCCGCGUCCGGGGCACCCGUGGGUAUAUGGCGCCUGAGUGGGUCAUCCACAGAGAGGUCAUCACUGCCAAGGCAGAUGUCUAUAGCUUUGGCAUGGUGCUUCUUGAGGUUGUCUCCGGCCGCAACUACAAUUUCCGGGAGGAAUCAGUGGGCAGCGAGGAUUGGUACUUUCCCAAGUGGGUCUACGAGAAAUGUUACAUACAUCACAAGAUCGAGGACAUCCUCGACCCAAUCCUCCAAGCGGAGGCCUGCCAAGGCACGGGCAUAGCUGAGCUCAUGGUGAACACGGCCAUUUGGUGUCUCCAGGACCGUGCUGAGAAGCGACCCUCAAUGGGGAAGGUCGUAAAGAUGCUCGAUGGCACUAUUGAGAUGACCAAGCAGCCAGAAAAGCCGGUCAUCUUUUGCGCCUGUGACGACUAGCUUCUCGGUGAAUAAAAAUGGCCAGAGAUCAGACAAGAAGUAUCAGGUAAUGCCACAAAGAUGUCAUGUACAAUGGAUUUAUUAAAAAAAAAAUCAUGUAUAAUGAUUGA